CACGCGGCUGCAAUAAUAUCUCAACCCAAAUCCGCAGAGCGAGCAGCGAAGAGAGCAAAAAAAAAAAAAGUCUUCGUUUUUACCAAGUUCACACACUCGUCGUCUCCCCCAUUUCCUCUAUCCGAUUCAAAGCUCGAAUCUUGCUGAAAAAGGAGGGAGCUUUUGGGGUAGGGAUCAUGGCUCACCUGCUGCAGCUUCCAGACCUCGCGGCGGCGAGGCCGCCGGCGGCGCGGAGGAGGAUCGCGGCGGCGGCGGUGGUGGUGGCGGAGGCCAGGGGCGGGGUGAAGCAGCAGCAGCAGCAGGUGGCGGUGGGGAGGGUGAUCAGGGUCGCCGACCCCGUGCGGGAGGGGAGGCUGCUGCUGCUGCCGCCGCCGCUCUUCUCCGUGCCGGUCACGCCGUCGGAGUCGCCGGCGGCGGCGAGGCGGCGGGAGGAGGACGAGGAGGAGCGGCGGAGGUACUACCUCAACAUGGGGUACGCCAUCCGGACGCUGAGGGAGGAGCUCCCCGAUGUCUUCUCCAAGGAGCCCAGCUUCGACAUCUACAGAGAUGAUAUUGUCUUCAAAGAUCCUCUCAAUAAAUUCGAGGGCAUUGAUAAUUAUAAAAGGAUAUUCUGGGCAUUGCGCUUCACCGGCCGAAUCUUCUUCAAAGCACUAUGGGUUGAUAUAGUUAGUAUAUGGCAGCCUGCUGAGAAUCUUAUCAUGAUUCGCUGGAUUGCCCAUGGCAUUCCUCGAGUCCCAUGGGAGGCCCAUGGUCGCUUUGAUGGUGCUUCUGAGUAUAAACUCGACAAGAAUGGGAAGAUCUACGAGCAUAAGGUGCACAAUGUUGCUAUGAAUCCACCAACAAAGUUCAAGGUCCUGCCAGUCCACGAGCUAAUCAGAUCGCUUGGCUGCCCCUCCACACCGAAACCAACUUAUUUUGAGACUUCAUCUCAAUCUUUGAGCGUUGAGCCAGGUUAUUUAAGAUUGGCAUGGACAAGAUGCUACCUACUGUUAUGCCAUAUGCUUUCGCUACCAAAUCUGGGAGAAGGAUAGCAUGGAUUUAGCAUGAUAUUUCUAAAUUUUUGCCCUUUUUUUGUUGAAUGAUAGUGUACCAAGUCACUAAUUGGUAGUACUUGCUGUAUAUAUAUGUACAGUGAUAAUUUUUAUAGAAUAAGAGUUCUUCCGGUUGAUAUGUGCAAGCUGCAGUUUCUACUUGCUCAAUUAAAUGUAUCAAACAGUGAGCCAAUUUGACAAAUCUAUCACUGGGGCAUCUUCUCUCUGACCAA